UUACCUUUUUGCUGUGUUGUCUUUUUGUUAUGUUGACGUUCUGCAAGAACAAUUAUUUGUUUGGAAGUUAAUUUUCUAUUCUGAUAGGAAAAGUACGUGUGCUGUGUAGUGUGUACCAAGUUUGAAGACAGAUUUUUGUUUGUUUCAUAGUGUAAAUAUUAUAUUGAGCAUAAUAAAAGCUCAGCCUUGACGAUUGACGAAUGAGUGCCAUGUUCUAGGAAGGUCGUUGACAUUAGUGUAAUGUUGUCGACCAUGAGAAAGUAGCAGUCAGGCCGGCUCGGGAUGGAGUACACGAACAGAGUGAUAGUGGAGAUGAAGGCGCCCUUUCUGUCGGCGAUGGGGCUGUACUCGCAGUUCGCCCUGCCCAUCCCCACCACCGCGGCUGAUGCCUGCUCCCCGCUCCACCUGCAUCAGCAGCCCACCUCCCACAUCAAGCAGGAGAAUUUGCAGUCGGUGUACAGGCCGUUCCAGCAGCCGUACCACGCCAGUUGGAGCUCCGCGUCGCAAGUGCCCGAACCCAGCAGGACCGAGUCCGGGAUGGGGGACAACACGUUCAUUGUUCACAGCGCGGAGAAGUCUUUCUUUACCCAAUUUCCUGUUCCACCAGAAGAGGUCGCCCUGCCCGCGGCGCCUGCCAGCGCACCACCAGAGAACGUUCAGAAACCUGAUCAGAAUUUCGAAGACAAGAAGUACGCGGCGGCGGCGGCUGGCGCGGGCGAGACGCGGCCGUGCGGGACGUGCAAGCCGCCGGCGAACGCGGCGCGGCCCUACGCGUGCCCGGAGUGCGGCCGUGCCUUCGCCCAGCUGCACUCUCUGCAGGCGCACGUGCGCGGCCACGGCGCGGAGCGGCCCUACGCCUGCGACGUGUGUCGCAAGGGCUUCACGCAGCUCAGCGCCCUGCAGGUCCAUUCGAGGACUCACUCUGGCGAGAAGCCGUACUCCUGCGAGCAGUGUGGCAAACGGUUCACGCAGGUCAGCGCUCUGCAGGUACACUCGCGAACCCACAGCGGGGAGAAGCCCUACUCCUGCAGCGAGUGCGACAAGAAGUUCUCUCAGAUCAGUGCGCUCCAGGUUCACAACCGGACUCACACGGGUGAGAAGCCCUUCACGUGCUUGUUGUGCAACAAGCGCUUCUCGCAGGUGAGCGCGCUGCAGGUCCACAGCCGCAUACACACGGGCGAGAAGCCCUACACCUGCGGCGAGUGCGGCAAGAAGUUCACCCAGAUCAGCGCCCUCAAUGCGCACACCCGCACACACACGGGCGACCGGCCGUACGCCUGCGAGAUCUGCGGCCGCCGCUUCUCGCAGGUGGGCUCGCUGCAGAGGCACGUGCGCACGCACACGGGCGAGAAGCCGUACGCCUGCCGGGCGUGCGACAAGGCCUUCGCGCAGCUGAGCGCGCUGCAGGCCCACACCCGCACGCACACCGGCGACCGGCCAUACGCCUGCACGCAGUGCGACAAGGCCUUCGCGCAGCUGAGCGCGCUGCAGGCGCACGCCCGGACGCACUCGGGCCUGAAGCCGUACGCCUGCUCGCAGUGCGACAAGAAGUUUGCGCAGAUGAGCUCGCUGCAGAUCCACACGCGCAUCCACACGGGGUACCGGCCGCACGCGUGCGCACGCUGCGGCAAGGCGUUCACCCAGCUGAGCGCCUUGCAGGUGCACCAGCGCACGCACGGCUCUCCCGGGGCCCUGGAGAAGCAGGCUGAUACCCCGGAGCUGUACCCUUCGGCGGGCGACUCCGAGGACAAGCCCGCUGCGUUCGGCCCCACCGCCACCGUGGCGAUACACGCCGCGAACAGCAUGUACAAUGUAUCAGAUGAAGGGAGGAAUGUUUAUACACCUGCAUAGCCCCUCUCCAAAUUUGAAUUAGAAAUAUCCGUUAGUAAUGCAUUAUUUUUCUGUAAAGAUAAAUGUAGAUAAAAUUCUAUCAGUUUGAAUUAGACUUAUAGAUAACUGGACUACAUUACUCUGAUUUUAUAAUAUAGUUCCUCGAUAGCAGGUAGCAGACCUCUUUGUAUAAUAUUUUCUGUUAUUUUGUUGUUUUUUUUAUUGAACUUUGCAUUAAGUCUUGUUUUUCAUACUUAUUUUUGAAUUAAAUCGUUCUUUUUUUUAUAACUUUUAUGUACUUUAAAUAGUCAACUAAUGGACACUUUGUAAUGUGAAUUUUAAUAUUAAAUUUAUGUUUACUUCCUUU